AUGGCCUCAGCAGAUCCCCUCAACGGACUCAAAGUCUCCAUCACCCAGACCAAGGCCUCGCCGCCAACCAUCAUCGCCACCGUCAAGAACAACAACGCGCACCUCGUCACCAUCGCCGAAUACCAGUCGCCCUUUGACCAGCUGAUCCUCGAGCUGGGCAACCUCGCCAUCUACCCGGGCUCCGGCUCCUCCAGCUCCGACAGCGACAGCAGCGGCAGCAGCAUCAACGCGCCGCUCGACUACCCAACGAUCCGCCUCAAGCGCGCCUGGCCCCCGCCAAAGGAGACGAUGGUGACACUCGGCCCGGGCGAGAGCCAGACGGCCGAGAUUGUCCUCCGCGACCCGGUGCCGCUGCGGCGUCUGGGCUCGUCGGCGACGGUGAAGCUGAGCGGUCAGUGGAUGUCCGUCUGGAGGCGCCGCGCGGAGGAUAUCGACGAGGCGGACUGGGAUGAUGUUUCGAACCCGGACGAGUUUUCGGGCCAGUAUGAGUCCAACAGCUUGGAGAUUUCGAUUGCUUGA